UAACAACAAUAAUCACAGGAAUAUAUAAAUAUUUCUUCUAAAAUUAUCAAAACCACCAAAACAAACACCAUGUCAUUCUCAGAUUCCGAUGAUUCCGACUCAAAUACAACCAAACUGACACAAGAGGAAAUCGAUGCAAAUCGGAAACUGGUUGAUCCCAACAUAAAAGUUGAUUUUCAAAGAGAUAUUAUCGGCCGUCACCAAUAUGAUCGUCAUCGGCGGAGUAUUUCCCGAUUUCCGGAUAUGACUGAAUUGCCGGAGCCGCAUCUCGCAACCAAUCCCAUAGUGUACUUCGACAUCACGGUCGGUCAAGAAUACGCUGGUCGCAUGAUUUUCGAGUUGCGCAAGGACAUCGUACCCUUGGCAGCGGAAAAUUUCCGCGCUCUCUGCACUGGUGAAAGGGGUGUCGGUAAACUCGGCAUGCCGCUACAUUAUAAAGGCACAAUAAUGCAUAAAAUAAUACGAACUUUCGGUUGUCAAGGUGGCGAUGUGGUCCGUAAUAAUGGCACUUGUGGCGAAAGCAUCUAUGGCCCAAUUUUUGAGACUGAAAAUUUUACACUCAAGCACGAGGAAGGCACCCUUAGUCUGACACAUUAUGGUAAACCCAACACAAAUAAUUCGCAAUUCGUGAUAACCUCUAAUCCCUGUUAUAAUCUCGAUGGCUUAAACGUGGCCUUCGGUCACGUAUUACGUGGCUUAAGCGUCGUCUAUAAUGAUAUGGAGCGUGUAGCCGAUAUCGAUGAUACGCCGAAAGAGCAAAUAUGCAUUCUGGAUUCCGGUCAAUUAAUGCCCGGUGAGGAUUGGGGUAUUGAGGAUAAUGACGAAACCGAGGAUUUUUUGCCGCAACAUCCAAGAGAUUGGGAUAAAAAAUAUAUAAUUUAUAGCAUCGACGAAAUGGUUAAGUUACUAACUGGCAUACGCUUAGCUGGUAAUUACUUUUACCGUCUGGAGAAGUUUUACGAUGCGCGUCGGAAGUAUCGAAAGGCCCAUCGCUAUUGCAAUUUUCUACGUUCGCGUGGCGAAUGGGAAGAAUAUCCACAACUGAAAUUACAAGAGGAGGAUUUCAAGCAACUAGAUGAGUUUAUGGUACUCAAUUAUAUAAAUAUGGCAGCUGUUGAACUGAAACUGAAAAAUCCCGUAUUCGCGCGGGAUGCAUGCACAGAGGCAAUAUUUCUGAAGAAGGACUGCAGUAAAGCAUACUAUCGCCGUGCGCAUGCGAAUGAGGGUUUAAAGGAUUACGAUGGCGCGUUGGAGGAUCUUGGUAUGGCCAGUCAGCUGAUGCCCGCGAAUAAACGCAUUAAAAACGAGCUAAAUCGGACGAAAAGAUUACAAAGAGCAUACAAUCUUGAAGAAGCGAAGAAAUAUAGCAAAUUAUUUAAAUAAACGUCCGAAAUGUGAUGUCUUGCAAUA